AUGUGGCCCUCACACAGAGUGCUGAAGAACCAACAAAACCGGUAUUGUUACCGCUGGUUUGAAAGCCGGGCGCCUCAAAAGUCAAUGACCGGUCAUCAUUCAGCCCAAUCGCAGAUCGGAACAGGGAUCUCAGCUCACAGUGGAGCGGCCGGACUCGGUCAUGACCGACGAAUCCGAGACCAGAAGCGGCCCAAGACCAAGUUGCCCCACGUCUGCUCGACCCUCCAUCAGCUGAGGCUGUCCCCCAUUCGACUCAUCCGAAAGAAGUCUUGA